CAUUUAUUAACUGAAUAUUUCGACGUCCGGUAACAUUGAGAGAACAAUGAAACCACUUUUAAUAAAGUUUUAUCUCCUAUAUUUGUUCGUACGUGUUCGUAGUGAAUAUAAAUCGUACAAAGAUUAUAAAAUCUUCAAUAUCCAGAAUGGGGACGGUCUGGAAGAGUUCGUUAAUACCAUGAGGAAAUAUAAUACACCGCUCGGCAAUACGGUACACUACCGUUCACAUCGGUCUAAUGAAAGUUCGGUGAAACACGAGUACCUGGUUCAUCAUGAUGUGGAUGAAGGAAGAGUAUUCUUCACGGGAGAUAAAAAUACAUUACAAAUGCUGAUAGCUCCAGAAUUGGUACCAAUAUUUGAAGAGAUCGCUGCUUCUGCUGGACUAAAGACUACACUUGUUGUUGACGAUUUCUCAAUACAAAUCGAAGAAGAAAAACUUGCCAGACUUCGUCAUGUUAAUUUUUCUUGGAACGCCUACUAUGACGUUGACGAUAUUCAUGGAUGGCUGACCGAUACGAGUCAAAAGUACCCCGAAUGGACUAAGUUGGUGGUCGGUGGUAAAAGCUAUGAGGGCCGAAAACUUCUGGGUCUGCAAAUAAAAACACCCUCGCAGAAACUCAAACCUGUCAUUUUCAUUGAAUCUGGUAUCCACGCUCGAGAAUGGAUUGCUCCAGCGACGACGACUUACUUCAUCAACCAGCUGUUGACCAGCUCUGACCCUAGCAUCGUCGCCAUGAGGGAGCAGUUCGACUGGCACAUCUUCCCCACCGUAAACCCUGACGGAUACCACUACACCUUCACAACCGACCGUAUGUGGAGAAAAACUCGCUCAAAAUCAUCAAAUGGAUGUUAUGGUGCUGAUCCAAAUCGCAACUGGGACUACCACUGGAUGCAAAGCGGCACAUCGAAUAAUCCAUGUGAUCCCCAAGUAUAUGGAGGAUCGCGUGCGUUCUCUGAAGUGGAAACCAAAACUCUAUCCGAGUAUAUUGCUGGGUUGAAGAAUCUGACAGCCUACAUCGACUUCCACUCGUAUGGACCAUUCAUGCUUAUUCCCUUCUCAGAUUCCAAGGAGCAUAUAGAUAAUUAUGAUGACUUGGUAAAAAUUGGAAAAACGUCUUUAGACUAUGGCGAUAAAGUCAAAGUUGGGCCAAGAUACCGCGAACCGGCUACAGCUGCUGAAUUUUUGUACGCGUGCUCCGGCGCAAGUAUGGACUGGGUGAGAUUCGCCCUUGGCACCCGUCUCACGUUUGUUUAUGAGCUGCGAGGGGAACAAUUCAAAUGGCCAGAAAAGAAGAUCGCCCUUCAAGGAGAUGAAGUGACGCAGAUGAUUCUCGGUCUAUUGACAGAAGCUCGGAACAUGGGCUACUUUAAAGACUUCCCUAACUAGAACAUGUUGUAGAGCAAAAUAAAGAUAUUUUUUUUUAUUAAA